GUAGCAAGCCGAGAACGGCGCUGCUGGAGCGGACUGAGUUCAGAUAAGACUCCUCGGUUGACCUUGCUGUCGGUUGCUGAACACAAACAACACACCGUCCAGAGAAAACAUGGCAACCCCAGGUUUACCUACAAUGCCGCAGCUGCCAGUGCCCCUGCCCGCGUUACCCAGCUCGGGAUUCAGGUUAUCGAAAGAGCAUUUGUUGGUGGCGGUGCCGGUCGCAGUGGUCGCAGCUGUCGGAGGCUUCCUAGUCAGCCAUUACCUGAGGGGACGGAGCUGUAAAAAGGGCCAGGUGAACACAUCUGUCAGCAAAGACAGCCCCAAAGUGGUCCACAGCUUCGACAUGGAGGACAUUGGUACCAAGGCUGUGUACUGUCGCUGCUGGAAGUCAAAGAAGUUCCCUUUCUGUGACGGAGCCCACGCCAAACACAACGAGGAGACCGGGGACAACGUCGGGCCGCUCAUCAUCAAAAAGAGGGACGCUUAAGCCACAGAACUCCACCCUCCCUCAACUUCCUAACCCCCCUCCCACAGUUUGUUCAGUUGUUUACCAUCAUCAUUAACAGUGUCACACUAAUGGUCAUGGUAUUGCAUACUACAGUUAAAAAGUGGAUAAUCUCCAUAGUCCAGAAUAGAAACUCAGAAAGUGCUGAAAAUAUCGUGAAUUCUGAUUUCAGACGUUCAUCACUGUUCCGGGAUUAGACGACAUGACUUUGAAAUCAAAGGUCAUUUGAGGGGAGAUAAGAAAGGGACUUUGACAAUCAGCACAGUCAGACAUGGAGGCGUUGUAUUUAACUUCAAGGAUUUGGUCAAAAUUCUCUCCACAUCUGAUAUAAGUACAUGUCACUGUGUGGGUGUUGUGCCUUCAGGUCUGGUUUCACCUGUGUUCCCUUCCUAUCUCCACUCCUCCAGGUGUGGAGCAGGUGGUUGAAUCAGUCAGUCCAGUACUUCGCUGGAAUUCAGGACAGGCCUUAUAUUUAAAUCUGCCGCCCAGAGUCUGAACACGCGCAACCUACAUGAAUGUUACAUGUUUUUGAUUUUUGCACAGAGUCAGAGGAAACAAGCUUAGUUUGUCUUAAAUGAAAUAAUAAUCUCCAGUACUGAGAGCAGUUGAAACACUAUCUGCUGUUUGCAACCAUUUACUGUUGGCUUUCUGAGGAAACUGUUGUAUUUAAUCUGUAAAGUGUUCAAAGGUUAAAAAAAAAAAAAAAAAGAAAACUCUGCUUACAAAGGAUAUAUUUAGCUUUUUCAUCAGAUUUAUUUUCUACUGGCUGCGGUGUGUCUGACCUGAUGAUUUGUUGUUCUGUAAAUUGUGAAUAAAACCUGUUGAGUGAUCAGA